CGCCUCGUGUUCCGGUUGAGUGCGUGCGUUAUUUUGCGCGUAGUGUCGUGUUACACACAUUCCAGGUGUGUCACCUUUUUAGUGGCAGACGUCCAAAUGUGGAGGCGGGAGUGGCUUUGUGCGACCUUUUAGGGCGCGCCUGCACACUCCGCUCACUCACGGGCGCAAUGAUCGAACAAUGGACGAGUAGCUCUCGAAGAAACUGAACAACGAAUGAGAAGAAUAAGCCGUCUUUAAUUGUGAACAUUUUCUCCAACUUCGCACGGCAAGAAUGUCUCGACGCGUCAGACCGGGGUACCAUCGGCAGGAAAUCAACAAAACCUCGUGGGAGGUACCGGAUAGGUACCGUGAUCUGAAGCAAGUGGGGACCGGAGCGUACGGGACCGUGUGUUCAGCAAUGGACGUCAGAACCCGAACCAGAGUGGCCAUCAAGAAGCUGUAUCGGCCAUUCCAGUCCGAGCUGUUCGCCAAACGAGCCUACAGGGAGCUGAGGCUCCUCAAACACAUGAAGCAUGAAAAUGUGAUCGGUCUCUCAGAUGUGUUCACGGCGGACCUCUCGUUGGAUAAAUUGAAUGAUUUUUACCUUGUGAUGCCGUUCAUGGGGACGGACCUGGGCAAACUGAUGAAGCUGCAGAGGCUGUCUGAAGAAAAAAUCCAGUAUUUGGUCUAUCAGAUCCUCAAAGGGCUCAAGUAUAUUCACUCUGCUGGUAUCAUUCACAGGGACCUCAAACCAGGAAAUCUUGCUGUCAACCAAGAUUGUGAGCUCAAGAUCUUGGACUUUGGUUUGGCACGUCAGGCUGACAGUGAGAUGACAGGCUACGUGGUGACUCGGUGGUACCGAGCCCCAGAGGUCAUCUUGAGCUGGAUGCACUACAGCCAGACCGUGGAUAUUUGGUCAGUAGGCUGCAUCAUGGCAGAGAUGCUACAAGGGAAACCUCUUUUCAAAGGCAGCGACCAUCAUGAAGAUCACAGGAACACCAACUCAGGAAUUCAUAGCAGAACUACAAUCAGACGACGCCAAAAGCUACAUCCAAAGUCUCAAAAAAGUGGAAAAGAAAGACCUUCACAAAGUGUUCUCCGAUGCCAAUCCACAAGCGGUGUCAGUGUUGGAGCAUAUGUUAUUACUGGAGCCGGAAAGCAGGGCCACAGCGGCGGAUGCCCUCUUGCUGCCGUACUUCACGGAGUUUCGGGAACCCGAGGAGGAGACGGAAGCUCAGCCGUACGACCACUCGCUGGACAACACGGAGCUGCCCCUGGAGCAGUGGAAACGUCACACCUUCACAGAGAUCUUAACCUUCAAUCCUGUUGUGCCAGAAUCCAAGGAAACAUCUCUGUAAGACACAAGUUGCCCACAUUUGAUCGUUUCCCCCCCCCCCCUCAAGAAAUAAGGAAAGUCUUCACGAUGUUAUCAGGGGUUCAAACUUGUCCUUUUGACUUACUAGCCAUUGUUUGCUUGAAGUUGUGCAGGACCUCUGGUACUUGAAUUUCAUACAAAAUGUGUAGAUAUUUUAACUUCAGAAAGUCAAAUGACUGCAUUUUGCGCUUUUGUUUCUCAAAUGCCAGGAAACGAUCGGUUAGAGUGGUACGUAUGAGACCAGAUCGACACAAAGUACUGUACGUGGAAGAAAAUAGUCAUUAGUUAUGAGGAUAGAUUUUUGUAACCUUAUCCCUAUUAGAGUCAUAGUUGGGUUAAAAAGUCUGUUUUCCUUGUGAUGAGCUUUACGAGAUAUUUAAUGUAACCAUCUGCAUUAUCUUGCAUUCCCUAAAGGUGAUGUGUUGCCUUGUUGUGAUAAUAAUACAGUAUUUUAUUUUAUGUUCGUGGAAGAUUCAUUUGGCCGCGUUUUGGGUGUGAACUUGUUCAUUCCGUUGUCCUCCGUAUUGCCAGCCAACGUUAUCUCGCUUUCAUUAACUCAUUUAGAUGUUGUUUACACUCAUCUACAAAUGCAUUUGCAAAACGAGUCAUGCAUUUUUAAUGGUCUCUCAGAGAAUCCGAAGCAAAGUUCGCCAAACUUGUGUAUUGUUUUUAUACAAACACAUAAACCUAUGCUUUAGGAUCAGCAGAACAGACACACUGAAGCACACUUCACAGAAAUACAAAGAGAAAUACAGUAAAUGCUAACAAAGGCGUGCAAUGUGCAUGCAGGGCUGCGUGGGUUUGUUAAUAAAAGUAAUACACCAGUUGUC